CUAAUUCUAUAUUAUUUUGUUCGGGCCUGUGUGUGUUUUUUAUUUUUGCAAUAUGACUACCAUUCCGUGUACUUUACUAAUACAAAGUAAAGAUAAAUUUAAUUUUCCUACUAAAAUGCUUUUCGUUGUAACAAAACAAUUAUUUAGCUAUGGUAUCAAGGAUAUUUCCAUUAAAAAAAAUAUGGUUUUUGUUGCCCUUACAUACACCCCAAAAAAUACAACACUGCAAAAAAAAAUUGGGAAUUUGCCAGUUAGAUACGCAAGAUUGAAAAUCGACGAUGAAAUGGAAUUAAAAAUGCUUGAAAAAGCCUGGCACGAUUAUAAAUUUAAUUUAACUGAUGAGGAGGAACCCUCCAACGCUGUAAUAGCAAAUGAAAAAAAUAUUAUAUCUAUGCUAUGUGAUAGAUUUGCUAUGCUAUAUCUAUCACCGUCAUCACCAACACCACCACCACAAACAUCAACGUCCCGCCAAGAAAUUUCCGAGUCUGAAAUGACUUAUAUCGGCGACAAAAACAAUAGUGAGGAUCAUCACUCAUCAAAUUCAAAAAAAAAACGGAAACAUGAUGGAGGAGAUAUAAAGAAAAAUAAGAAAAUGGCACAAUUUGUAGACCCUAUUUUUAUUAUUGAAGGUGAAGAGGGUAGCUACGAAGGCGGCGGCGGCGGCAACAGUCAGGAAUCGCAAAGAUUUUUUUAAAAUAACUGUUUUCUCUCUCUUCUUGAAGGCAAUGUAUAAUAAAACUGAAUUAAAUAUACCGAUUUAAAAUU